AGUAAACAAAGCCGCGAGGAGGAGGAGGAGGCGGAGGAGAGGUCUCCACAUCUCCAGACAGUCCGACCGACACACCGAAUCCGACUUUACGCACAGGACGGGGCGGCCCCGGUGGCGCGUUCUCGUCUGCUAACGGCUCAAAGUUACAUUGAGGGUCCCACUUUAAUGCGUGACGCGCGAAAAAUAUACUUUUGGAAAAGCUAAAGGGAAACUUACUAUCGUCUUUUAAUCCGGACGCUGUGCAGUUUUCUCGUGUGAGUGGGAGACAGAUUCCCUAACUCAGCGCGCAACUCCUCCUUAAUAAGUAUCGAAGGAAUCACUCUUCUGUGUUUAUUUUUGCUCUUCUGUGCGCAGAUGCAAUUUUGAGAAACUAAAUAAGUGAAGUUAAAACAGAGCAGACACGCACCGGCUAUGCAGCCCGGUCGCUUGAAGACAGUCUGAAUCGUUUGAAUCAGACUUCACAUUCGGAACAUGGUCCGAUAAUUGGAAGACAGACAGAGACAGAAAGUAAGAAUUAAAGAGCUUAAAAAAAGACAUUUUGGACACUUUGAGAUCUGUUUGGGGGGACAUCCGCCUCUGACGUCCAGGUGUCCCGCCGAGCGGUGCGGAGUCUCCAGCUCAGGCCGGCAGCGCUGACAUGCUACCCAAAGUCGAGACUGAAUCCCUGGGACUCUCUCGAUCGUAUGGAGAACAAGGGCGCGUGCCAAGGAAUAUGCAAGCCCCCCAGUUAAAAAUGAUGGACUACUCCUAUGACGAAGACUUGGACGAGAUGUGUCCCGUGUGCGGAGACAAGGUUUCAGGCUAUCACUACGGACUACUGACCUGCGAGAGCUGCAAGGGCUUCUUCAAGCGCACCGUCCAGAACAACAAGCGCUACACAUGUAUAGAGAACCAGAGCUGCCAGAUUGACAAGACCCAGAGGAAGCGCUGCCCGUACUGCCGCUUCCAGAAGUGCCUCACCGUCGGCAUGAAGCUAGAAGCUGUGCGGGCGGACCGCAUGCGUGGCGGUCGCAACAAGUUUGGCCCGAUGUACAAACGUGACCGGGCCCUCAAGCAGCAAAAGAAGGCGCUGAUCCGAGCCAACGGCCUGAAGAUCGAGGCCAUGAGUCAGGUGAUGCAAGCCGUGCCCACCGACCUCACCAUCUCCUCAGCCAUCCAGAAUAUCCACUCGGCCGCAUCCAAAGGCCUUCCACUGAGCCACCACCCGGGCCACCACACCGGUCACCACCACCACCACCACCAUCAUGCUACCGCCCUGCCCCCCACAGACUAUGACCGCAGCCCAUUUGUCACCUCACCAGUCAGCAUGGCGAUGCCGCCACACGCUGGCAGCCUGCAGGGCUACCAGGCGGCCUACGGACACUUCCAGGGCACGCGCACCAUCAAGUCAGAGUACCCAGACCCGUACACCAGCUCGCCGGAGUCCAUCAUGGGCUACGCCUACGUCGAUGCCUACCAGACGGGCUCGCCACCCAGCUUCCCUCACCUGAUCGUAGAGCUGCUCAAGUGUGAGCCAGACGAGCCGCAGGUUCAGGCCAAGAUCAUGGCCUACCUGCAGCAGGAGCAGGCCAGCCGAGGCAAACACGAGAAGCUCAACACCUUCGGCCUCAUGUGCAAGAUGGCCGACCAGACACUCUUCUCCAUUGUGGAGUGGGCACGCAGCAGCAUCUUCUUCCGUGAACUCAAGGUGGACGACCAGAUGAAGCUGCUGCAGAACUGCUGGAGCGAACUCCUCAUCCUCGACCACGUCUUCCGGCAGGUGAUGCAUGCCAAGGAGGGCUCCAUCCUAUUGGUCACUGGCCAGCAGGUGGACUAUGCAGUGAUUGCGUCACAGGCGGGAGCCACCCUCAACAACCUGUUGAGUCACGCCCAGGAGCUGGUGGCCAAGCUACGCUCCCUGCAGCUGGACCAACGGGAGUUUGUCUGCCUCAAGUUCCUGGUCCUAUUCAGCCUGGACGUGAAGAACCUGGAGAACUUCCACCUGGUAGAAAGCGUCCAGGAGCAGGUCAACGCAGCACUGCUAGACUACGUCAUGUGUAACUACCCGCAGCAAACAGACAAGUUCGGCCAGCUGCUCCUCCGGCUGCCAGAGAUCCGCGCAAUCAGCCUGCAGGCCGAAGAAUACCUUUACUACAAACACCUGAACGGCGACGUGCCCUGCAACAACCUGCUCAUCGAGAUGCUUCACGCUAAGAGAGCUUAGAAGGGGGACUGCACUGCCCAUAAUGCAGCUGUGCAGACAUCCAGAUAGUGUUGCUGCAGCCCAUAAACUCCUAAUUUCUGAACCUUUCAGCUCAGUUAUGACUGAGCGAUGACCUGGAGGAUGGAAAGCAGAGACAGUUAGCAACUCUUGUUUAUAUUAAGCUCAUUUUGAUCUUCAAGUUACAACUUGGAGUACGGAUUUGGACAAAGACACAUGCACAGAGACAUCAUGUGAACACACAAACAAGCAUAUGGAUCCCUUUAUUAAAAAAAAAAAAAAAAAAAAGUCAGACUGAAGAUCCAUCUCCUCAUCCCUGCAGACACAAUGUAAGGAAAAAAGACUUGAAACAAACUGCUUUGGCACGAAAUGGGAUCUAAUCGUCUGCACGAGCACACAUGAUCACAUCUGGCAGGCUGCAGCUUAUAGAAUUAAAAAACCCUCAAGUGUUUUAGCACUGGUGACAUUGUGAGAGGCUUUUUGUGCUGAGGAAGGAAGCUCAGUAACACCGCCCAUCUUUCACAGCUUUGUGACACGACUAGAGCCGUGGCUGAUUUUGGUCGACGAUGCUCCGGUGUGCUCUCUCACUGAAACCGGCUUUUAGCUGUCGUUGGUACUGUAAAGAAAAACGGACAAGCAGUCAACCAGGCCAGAGGCUCCUACCUACUGUCACAUCCGUUUUUUGGACUCGCAUAAGACGCCUGCCAUGGCAGCUUGAUCUGACUGAGGAGGGAGAACUGAUGUUUCAAAAAUAAACGUCUAAAAAAAAGAAAGAACAUUCUUUAAUGAACAAAAUGAUAAAUAGGCCAAUAAGAAGAAAAAUACAAUGUUUUUUUUUCUCUUGUAACAGAAGUCAUUUGCUCCUCAUGGUCACCUUGUGGUUCCCCUUUCUUAUUCCACCUCUCCCCCAAUCAUCUUAAACUAUGUACCUCAGAAAGACCAGUGUUAAAUAAAUUCAAUUAAUAACGUCAGAUGAAACAAUUGUAUUUAUAGCCCUUUUUUUCCUGCAAAAAAGCACCCUCCCUUUUUAUUAUCUCAUUACAACUGGAACAAAACAAAGUGUGAUUCUGAAGACGGAGAAGGAUCGACCCUGCCUUUGUCCGGAAAGACCAAAGCCUGCUGCAGAACAGAAGAAGGAAAUUACAAAAAAACCUUAAUAAUCAGUAUUAAGAGAGAAAAAAAAGAAAAAAAAAAGAUUUGUGAUGUCACAGUUAUGUGAGUCUUGCCUUAUUUCAUUACCAUGCUAGCUAACCGUGCAGAUGUGAAUGAAAAUAUGUACAAAUAUAUAUAUAAAGUAUUAAUGUUGUAAAAAAUUUAAAAAAGAAUAAUUCAACAGGUGUUUACAUUCAUGUGGUCAUAUGGGAGAGAACUGUGAUGAAGCAUAAAUUGCAAAGCAAUGAUUUCUUAAAAAAUGAAAUCAACGAAAUGAAAAAAAAAGAUCCCUCUGGUUUGCUUUCUUUGGUGUGUGUACAGUGUUUUAUUUUUUAUUUGUUUUCUUGAACAGUACUUAAAUUAUGUCGUGAGACACUAAAAUCAAAAAGGAAUCACACUUAAAUAUUAAUUUCUAUCUGUGUCUGCUGGCAUUCAAACAUUUGUUUCUUAAGCAUUGCUGUAUAAGGGUUCCGUUUCACUUUCAACCUUUUUUGUAGACUUUAUUUUUUUUUCCUUUUUUUAUUUACAGUGCUUUUACCUUUUUGAUGUACAGUAUGUCACUGGUUACGCUUAAUAAUGAAGAUAAUUUAUUGCGUCUCUGGGUUUCCAUCUUUGUGUUACAUGACGUGAGGUGUCCGCGCCAGAAUAAAUUUGUUUACUGUAGCAUGUUCUUGUUUUGUUUCCAUUAGUAGUUCAGCGAUGCAGGUCUGGAGCAAGAUAAUGGGCUUUUCCAAAAGGGGAAAAGAAAUCACCGUAAUGUUUCGGUCUUUUAAAUGUUCAUGCAAGUCAGUGCAUUGAAAAGAGUACUGUAUUUAAGCAAGCAGGUGUGAAAGAUGUUUGUGCCACAUCGGUUUUUCUUUUCAACCUGCAUCAUUGUUCUUUCCAGUUUGCUCUUAUACCAAAGACUGCAUCUCCCCUCCGCUGCCCCGUGAGCUGUGACUUCCAGUAUUGUGUCAAAAUGAACAAAACCUGGCUUGUUUUUUUUUAUUAUUUUUCUUGAAAAAUGACAUCCUAAAUUAUUUCUGUGGAGUUUCCCCACAUGUACUGUAGUUGUUGUUACUGUUUUUAUCCAAAAUGUCCCAACACUUGCCUCCCACAACAACCUGUGGUGUUUAUUUGUUUACCUGUCAACAUUAUGUCAAUGAAGUCACUGAACGAUCAGUAGUUUUAAACAAUGGCAUGUUUAAUGUACAGAAAAUUCACUUAAACCCCCAUGUCGUUAAGCAGUUCUUGGUCCUGAGCUCCAUUUACUGACACUCAUUCAUUGCGUCUAUUGAUCAGACAAUCUUUUAUCACCCACAGACUAUGUGUUUAGGUUCUGCAGCUGCCUUGGACUUCCUAGAACACGCAGUCAAACUCUAUACCACAUGCAGGCCAUAGAGUCAUGCACAUUAACGUGGUCAUUGCAGAAGUCUCCUUUUUUUUCUGCAUGGCUGCAGUCCUGCUCGAUCAACAACAACAGGAGCUUGAUUGGAAAUAAAGUUAAGUAAAAGUUUGGAGAAACAGUUUUCUGUGGCAUCAGCUGUCAGAAGUUAAAGAGGAAUGGUCUUCAGCUGUCUGCCUGACAACAAACCACACUGUAGCUUAAAGGUAUGCAUGCAGAACAAAUGCUUUAACAAGGACUUUAACAAUGACGACCUUUGUGCAUUCACAUACUCAUGUAAGCUCUCAGCACAUGGAUCAAACACAGUGGAUCAAAAUGCUAUUUCCCUCCUGCUUGUCUAUGACUUUUGCCCCUCCUGCUGACAUUCUGAUUGCCCCUUUCACUACCCCUGUUUUGGGGAGUGUCUCUCUGAGGCUAAUUGAAUUUUUCCUCAUAUUUCAAUAAAUAAUUAUUAUGCUUAUAACACCAGAUUCUCGCUUUCUGCACACACUAACACUGUCGGGUUAUAUUACUUUUUUCCCCUGGCCUUUAUUUGGUAGUUUGAAAGUGGAGUGAUGGGAAACCAGGGGAGAGAACUGUCCACCUGAAGUCUCACUGUAAUGGGUCACAAAUACACCCCAUUUGCUCAGAUAAUGUGACACACUGCAAAUUUUACUGCACAAUAUAGAGUAACACUUUCACAAGCAAAUGUACAGCAAGUGCCAUGAAAGACUUACAAACAUACCGAAUACAAAAAAAAAACAAUUAACUUCUAGUGAAAACUUGGAAAUGAAGUUGAGAUUAAAAUUCUAAUUGAGGCAUUUAGCUUACAUUAUUAUGCAGCGCAUCUUAAAAUAAAAUGAGUCCUGGAUCACUGAAAAUACUUAUAAAAGGCAUUAAGGUAUGAAACAUACAGAAACACAGAUGUAUCAUAUAUUACUGCGUC